AUGGCAGUGCGUGUGCGCCUACCGAGCGAUCGUGACUCCGAGACCGCCAGCAUCGUCCCCGUGGUCAUCACGCCCGCGCCCGUGGUCAGGCUGACUCCCGCAACAUCGAGGCACCCUACCACGGAGGAAUCUACUAUGGUGCCACCAAACCGCAAUUGGUGUUCUAACGAGACCGCGCAGUUGUCAGCCCUGAAACGUCGCCAAACUGACAAAGACCCGCCGUCGCCCCUGGCACGGGUGAACGUGGCAGUGCGUGUGCGCCUACAGAGUGAUAGGGACUUCCAGACCACCAGCAUCGUUCACCUAGUGGACGACAGGUGCCAUGUGUUCGACCCCAAGGCCGAGGCGCAGUAUUUCCAUUUUCAACAACAGCGGGCAUGCGGGGGCCUCAUCAAGCCCAAUGAAGACCAAAAGUUCAUGUUUUAUCAGUUCUUUGAUGAAAUAGAAGAUAAUGAGCAUGUGUUUGAGAACACCACCAGGGGCAUGCUGACGAUGCUCCUUGAAGGGUGGAAUUGCUCUGUAUUCGCGUGCAUUUCUACGGGCGCCGACAAAGCUUUCGCAUUGCUGGGCUCCGAGGAAUGCCCCGGAGUGGUCUCCCUCAUGGCCAGACAGUUGUACCAGCGCGCGCCCAAGCUGCAGUCCGAGGGCCAGACAUGCGACGUAGCAGUCGCCUAUCUAGAAGUCUACAACAAGGUUGUUCAAGACCUGCUGUGCCUCGACCCGGCCAUAGGCAUUGCCAUAUUGAGUCUCGCCAUACACAAGGUGACGGAGGCUGGAACCGUUCUCGAGCUGCUCUUGAAAAGAUACAAUCGGACGCAGCAUGCCACCGACGCUUCAUGUGCGCACGUCAUCUUCGAGAGCUACGUUACACUGACGGAGAAUGCGACAAGCACGAGCAGGGAAACUCGCGUCUCGAUGUGCUCUGUUCACCUUGCCGGCUCGGAGCGCGCAGCUGCGGCCAGUAGGGACACAAAGGAUCAGAUGCGCAAGGGUACCCAGCUCAACCUGUCGCUCCUGGCCCUCGGCAACUGCAUCGACGCCCGCUCGAAGAACGGGACGCAGCAAGUGCCGUACCAGGACUCCAAGCUCACCCACAUCCUCAAAGACUCGCUGUGUGGCUCGGGCAGCGCCCUCAUGAUUGGGACAGCGACGGCGGUGAAGCUUAGCUACGCGGAUACGCGCAACACCUUGGAGUAUGCGCUGAGCGGACCAUGA